AUGAACUUCCCACACCUCCCUCCCCUCUUCUCCCUCCUACUCCUGCUCCUUUCACACACGGCCUCCACCACCGCACGCUGCACAAUCAACUACAACAACUCCUUCACUUUAACAACUUACAACUCCCUCACGCCGGAACUAAACAACCUCCAACCCUACCUCUCGCACUCCCAGCUAACCAUCUCCCCACCUGCCCGCCCCUUCCCCGUAAGCGUAAUCCCCUUCUUCUAUGACGGCGGUAUCUACCGCUACGCAGACGGUGGCGGGCCUGAAGAGCAAGGCUACCUCGAGAAGAACCCCGGAGGACCGGACACCGGGUACACCUUCAAGUUCGGAAGUAGUGUUCCCGUGGGAGCCAUCACCGGCAGGUUCGAGAUCGGGUGCAACGAGCAGGGGAGACAUAUAUUGAGCCUAAGCGGGGUCUUGGAGUGGCAGACUUGUGGGGGUGGGUAUGGGGGGGAAUGGAGAGUGAGUUUCAACUAUCUUUUCUCAGUUUCCUCCAUGGAGGCUGGAGGGGCAUGUGACUAAUGUGAUACAAUAGAUCAGUAGGGGGGUUAACGAUGGAGUUUGUGCCCCGGCGGACGUGAGGUUUUGGAUCGAUUACAUUCGGCCGUUGUAAGGACUAUGGGGGGUCAGUCAUCUUCCGCGGUUAAGGUAGUUAUUCCGUGUGUCCGGUUACUCGGGGGGCAUCUGAGGAUCCCCACUGACGGACUGCAUAGCUCUUUUAGAAGUAGCAUGAUCUAUUACCAGUACUAUCAUUCACCGAA